CUCUCUCCCUCUCGAUCCGGCCUCUCCAUAGUCUCGCCCUCUCGAACGCCGCCGGCCUCCGCCUCUCUCCCGUCCGUCUCUCGUCUCUCCCUCUUCGAUGGCGUGGUAGACCGAAAGGAGAGGGGACGGCAGCGGGGAAGCACGAGCAUCUGCGGCGGCCACGGCGGGCUAGCAGUGGGGCGGCACAAGCGGCUACGGCGGCUACCGGCGGCGCAGACAGUGCUGUAUACCAGGUAACAACGAUGAAGGUCAAAAUUCUUCAGUGGCAUGCGGUGGCUUCUUGGACAUGGGACGCACAGGAUGAGACAUGUGGCAUAUGCAGGAUGGCUUUUGACGGCUGCUGCCCUGAUUGUAAGUUCCCUGGUGAUGAGUGCCCAAUAAUUUGGGGUGCCUGCAACCAUGCUUUCCAUCUUCACUGCAUACUCAAGUGGGUCAAUUCUCAAACAUCAACCCCCCUUUGCCCCAUGUGUCGUAGGGAGUGGCAGUUCAAGGGCUAAGGACAUCUGAAACUAUGUCAGUACCAAGCAUUUUUCAUAUCUCAUAGAAAACUAGAAUGGGUGUUUAACUGGAAUGUAGUUGUGUUGUCUUGUAAGUGGUUGUCAUACUUUCUGGAAAUCAGUAUGGUUGGCAUCUUUAAAGUGAAACUGUGAGACAUUGAGCCACAGCUAUUGUGCCUUUUCAAGUUGUGACCAUGCAAAUGCAAUGAUUGACUUUGAAAGGUC